GGCAAACUCAUAACCGCUAACCGCCAACCUUCGCCCCACAAAAACCGCACUUCAGGUCGAAGUUUCAGCUAACCGUCAUGAAUCCUGUUUUACUGCCGCAGUAAAUUUUUCUCAUAUAAGUGAACGGAGGAAAAUGACAUGCAAGUGUUGGUAAUAUCUUAUAAUAUAGCAUUUCGGCACUAUCCACAGUGGAGAAACAAUAUUCUAAAGUAACCUUAAUACCAACCUUCUACUCCACAACCACCCCAUUCUAUCCCCCUCAAUUCCACCUCAAACCCUCUCAUCUCACCUCAUCAUGCCCUUCCUCACAAACAAACCACUCGUAUCCUCAACCCUCCACCAAACCCGCACACGCAGUAACACCGACCCCAAGCCCCCCAAAUCACAUUCCAAUUCCGCAUCCAUAGACUCGGGAUAUGCAAGCGGCUGGGGAACCAUCCAUUUCUGUUCCAAAGGACCAUUUACAUCUCGACGAACCUCCAUAUUCACCGACGAACAUCUAACGUGCGAGGGACAUCCUGUAAUUUUCGAGUAUGGGGAAGACAUCAAGGUAUUUUAUAUCGGGGAGGCAAGGAUCGCGAAUUUGAGGGAUAGAAUGGGACAGAGUCGAGAGGUUUUAAUUGGGAAGUCGGGAAGGAAAAGUAAAUCGGGGAAUAAGUAUAGGAAUGUAAAUGGGGCGAGUCGUCGAGAUAGUCAGAUAUCGGGAAAAUUCUUCCAGAGGCCAGAACCGGUUCGAAGGGGAAAGAUGGUGAAGGAUGAGAGGGGCCGUGUGAGAGCGGUGUAUGAAGAUGAGGAACCGAUUGAUUUGGGGAGGAGAAUUGCGAGGGAAUCUAUUAGAGAUAUCUCGACUUGUGAGUGCAUGCGUAUUGUGUUCUUGGCAGGGGCAUGGCAAUGAGUUAACAUGGAUUUAGUUCUCAAAGUGCCGUUGGUGCCUGAAAAAAGUGCAAUAGACGGAGAAAGUGAACAUGGUGUCAGAGCUCUGUGGAAUUGGGGAUUUGGAAAUUAAUGGGAGUGUUGGGCUUUGAUGCUUUCAUGCCAAAAAGGGGUCGCGGAAGCGAGUAAAAUUGGUGUUCGGGGUUUGGAGGCUUACUGGGUAUACCCUGGGGAUUGGGUUAUCUUAUUGUUAGCGAAUAUACGAUAGUGAUUUAACUAGUUCUGUGA